AUGUGUAUCUGGAUUAUAAAUUAUGAAGCAGGACAAAUUGUUCAUCAACCUAUUAUUCAAUUGUUUGGUUUCGAUAAUAUUUAUCAUGAAACAAUUUUGAUUAAUAAUAAAUAUCAAUGGCCAAUUGUUCAAGGCCUAUUCAAGGUUUAUGUAGAACUUGUAUCAGGUGAAAAUAUAAUUCAUUUAUCAACAUCAAUAUCAGAAUUAUCAUUUAAAUUGAUUUUUUCUCCUUUAAAAACAACUAAUAUUAUUCUUCGAUUAAUAUAUGUAUCAUUUUCUGAUGAUGAUGAUGAUAAUGGUUGUAAUAAUCAUCAUAUAGAAUCUAUCUGUAAAAAAUUUCUUUUUCUAACUAAACUUGUUCGAUCUACAUUCGAUGAAAUUCUCUAUAAACAAAUAGGAUAUAAACGUUCAUCGUUAUUUGAUAUCGAAAGAAAAAUUCAUCAUAUAACAAUGCUAAGAAAAGAUUUCGAAAAUAAGAUAAAUGGUGAUGAUAUGUUUAAAGAAAUUUAUCGGCAAAUAUCUACCUUAGAUUUAGCUCAAGAUUCAUCAGUCAAACUCAUUAUUCAAUCAGCUAUUUCAUCAUCAUUAACAUUUGCAUAUACGUUUAACAAUAUGAUUGUAUUAAAUUUACCAAAUCAAUUUAAAUCUCUUCCAAUCUCAUUCAAUGAAUUCUAUGAAAAUCUUCCAAAGAAUAAAAGUGAAUCUUUAUUUUACUCAAUUGGUGCUUAUUUACACGAACUCGGCCAUUUAUUUGGUCUUGAUCAUGGCGAUAAUCAAAGUCUGACGAUAAUGUCAUCGUCGAAAGGUUAUAUAGAUGCUGGAAAGGACUUCUUUCUUAUUAGUUCACGUGUGCAUUCGAUUGUAUUUCAUCAACAGUGUUGUUGCUACAAAAAUCCAAUGUCGAAUAUUGCAUCUUCAUAUUCAAAUGGUCUGUUAUCCAAACAUUCUAUGAAUUUAAAAUCUUUAUGUAAAUCAGAUAUUCAUUGUCGAUUUCAAUUAAAAUUUAAUCUUGAAAAAUACAAUGAAAAACCGAAUCAGUGUGAAUGUAAUGGACAAUAUCAAUUUGACAUUGAUCAUUGUCGUCGAUUGGUGAUUCAAUUUGAUGAAAGAAAAUAA